AUGGAUAGUAAAAAGUCUGGCGCAACUGCAUCAUCAGGAACAGGACAACAUGGUGACAAGAAAGAUGAUAAUUUUUUCUCAAAAACUGCUCGUUCAAUUCGAGAUAAAGUACAAGAGUUGACGGAUGAAGUGAAAGAGAAAAAACAUACUUUAACACGUAUUACUGAAUCAAAAAAAAUAAAAAAAAAUAAAAAUAAAAAGAUACAAGAUACUAAAAUGAGUCCAUCAUCAAAAUCUGCUCCAGCCGGUACACAAGAUUCAGAUUCAAAUUCGGAUUUGAAUGAUGAAGAUAGUACAUUAAAACCAUCAUCUCAAUAUCCCACUCCUUCGAGAGCUGCUGACAAACCAGAUAUUUCAUCAUCAAAACCACCACCAUCAUCAUCUAGGACAGACAAUAACACUGCUGGACCUCCUACUCGUUUCAAAAUUUCAUCCAAUAAUUCGGCCUCAAAUGCGUCAGCAAGUAAACCAUCUGAUAAUUAUAAAAAUGUUGCUGUUGCUGCCACCGCUGCAACUGCUUCUUCUUCUUCAAAACAAUCUGAUAAUUCAGCUACGAAACAUCCAAGUUCAUCAUUGAAUAAAGAUUCAGAAUCAUCAAUAGAUGAUUUAAAUGAUGAGACAGAUGAUGAUGAAAUAACAAGUACACCAUCUUCUACGAAGAACAAUACCGAUCAAGUUCAUAUAUCAUUUGAUGGUGUAUCAACUGUCGAUGACUUGCUUAACCGAAUAGAUGAAACUGUUGAAAAAGCAAAACUUAUUAUAGAUGGUGGAUCAGACAGAAUUGCUCUUAGUAUUGAUAGAGUACCGUAUGUACCUAAGCAUUCUCUACCUGAUCUCGAACAAAAGCCUAAAGAAAAAGAUGAAGAGAAAAAAAUCAAAGUCGAAAAACAAGAAGAGACACCAAAAAAGGAAGACAAUAGAAAAAAGAAACAAGUGGAAGACAAAGAAGAAGAAGAAGAAGAUGAUGAUGAUGAUGAUGAACCAAUACGUAUUGACUAUAAUGAAGUACACACAAUUGAAGAUCUUCUUCUUAAAGUUGAUAAUAAACGAGGAAGUCGAAAAGUUGUACUCGAAAAUGAAUCUGAUGAUUCUAAUUCAAUUACUGUAAAAAAAUCUACUGAUCAAUCUUCUACCAUUUUACCGACAUCAACAACGUCUAAUGAUAAUGAUGAUAAAUCAACACCAAUGAAAAGUAUUUUAAAAACAAGUCAAGAUCCAUCAUCAUUGGACAUAACGACUAAAAUAUCAUCAUUUCAAGAUGAUCAAAUUCAUGUCAAUUUACAAAGUGUUCAAAAUAUUGGUGAUCUUUUAGAUUCUAUUGAUGAUGCUGUUCAACAUACUCCAAUUAUUAUUCACGCAAAACGUCAAGAAAAAAAACGACAAGGUUUAUUCGUUUUUCUUUUUUAA